AUGUGGAAUACAUUACAAAAUAUAUGUAUUCAAAUUACUGGUAAAAUAAUAAAUUUAAGCAAUUUUCAUGUAGACUUUGAAAAAGCUGCGCAUAAUGCAGUAUUGCAAAUUUUUCCUAACUGCAAAAUUGCAUGUUGUAACUUUCAUUUAGGACAAAAUUGGUUUAGACAUAUUCAACAACACAAAAUAUUAUCGAGCGAGUACUUAAACAAUGACUCUGAAAUUGGCAAAUGGAUGAAAUAUUUUUUUGGAUUAAGUUAUUUACCUCCUGAAGAAGUUUCUGAUGGAUUUUGUGAUCUUAUGUCGUUAGCGCCAAGUACUACUUCUAUAUUUUCCGAUUAUAUUUUAGAAAAUUACAUAACAUCGGACAGUAAUUUUCCCCCUAAAUUAUGGGCUUGUGAACCUAUUAAUAAUCCUAAGACUACUAAUGGUGCAGAAAGUUGUCACAAACAUUAUAACAGUCAGUUUUACACUGCUCAUCCACACAUACAUCAAGUAAUUGACGUAAUUAUUGAUAUUCAGAGUGAAACUGAUUUAAAAAUUAAUUCGAUAAACAAUAAUAUCAUAAACUACAAGAAAAAAGAGACAAUCAAUAAGGAGAUACAAUUGGAAAAUAUUUGGAAUGAAUAUAAAAAUAAAAUAAUUGAUCGCUUAACUUAUAUAAAGAAAAUCGGACUUGUAUGCCACCAUACAAAAUUAGUAUAA